AUGAGUAUCCAAACUCCACAGGCGCUGGACGGCGUCCGAAUCCUUGACUUUUCCCGCAUCUGGGCAGGACCCCACUGCACCAAGCUGCUCGCUGACAUGGGGGCUGAGGUCAUCAAGGUAGAGUCGGCCCGCAACUGGGACCCCCACCGGAUGAUAGUUGGCUCCGGAAACCUGCCUGACGGCGAGCAGGGAGACGACCCCUGGAACAGGUCGGGGUGGUUCAAUACGCUGCACAUGUCCAAGUACGGCAUCACUUGCGAGAUUCGGCAUCCCUCCGGGAAGGCAGUACUGGAGGAGCUGGUGUCCAUAAGCGACGUUGUUGUCGAGAACUUCAGGGCCGGGCUGAUGGCGCGCAGGGGAUUUGACUAUGAGACUCUGCGGAGUAUCAGGCCCGAUAUCGUCGUGCUGUCGAUGCCUGCGUUCGGCAACACCGGCCCCUGGCGAGACUUCAUUCAGUAUGGAAUCGGGCAGGAACAGAUGGGCGGCAUCUCGUCCAUGAACGGGUACCUAAACGAGGACGGCCCCGUGAAGUCGGGAGUAAACUUCGGAGACCCAAUCAGCGGGGCACAUGCCGCAGGGGCGGUGCUGUCGGCGCUGUACCGUCGUCGUCGGACCGGGAAGGGGGCGUUCAUCGAUGCCUCACAGCUUGAAUCGUCGAUCUCGGUAGUAGGUGAACACAUAAUCGGCUACCAGAUGGAUGGAAAGCCGCCUGAGAACCGCGGCAAUCGCCACCCUGCCAUGGCCCCGCAUGGCGCUUACCCGUGUCGAGGGGACGACAGGUGGAUUGCCAUUGCAGUUAGCAGGGAUGAAGAGUGGGCGCGCCUGUGCGGAGUCAUGGACAGGCCGGAACUCGUGGCCGACGAACGCUUUGCGGACAUCCUGUCCCGCCAUCGAAACCAGGACGUCCUUGACGAGAUCAUCGGAAAGUGGACGGCCGGGCAGGAGGGAUGGGAACUAGCUGAGAGGCUUCAGGGAGAAGGCGUAGCUGCCGCUCCGGUGAUGGCCGGAGGGGACAUAUUCAACGAUCCUCACUACCAGGAGCGCGGACUGCUGGAGUUGGUGGACCAUCCGUCUGCCGGGGACCGUGCCCGACCAUUGGCGGGAGGCACAGACAUCCUAGUUCAACUCAGGGGCCAGGGGUUUGACCUGGACCUAGUGGUGGACGUCAAGAACAUACCCGAGCUCAAUGAGCUCACCUACGACCCGGACAACGGGUUGACAAUAGGCGCGGCGGUACCGUGCUACAGGAUCUAUGGCCCGAACGGCAGCCGCGAAGUCGCCCUUGAAGACUUCUGCACUGGUGUCCGCCGGACUGUGCUGGAGCAGGGCGAGGUCCUAGUUGCUAUGCACUUCCCUACGCCAGCGGCCAACUCCGGCGCGAACUACAUUCGCUUCAUACCAAGAAACGAGAUGGACAUCGCGGUGGCCGGUGCCGGUGUAUCAGUGGAACUGGACAACGGCAACAUUCAGUCUGCCAGGGUGACGCUAGCGUCGGUUGCGCCGACGCCAUUAUUCGUCGCCGAGGCUGGCGAAGCGAUCGCCGGCAAGCCAGCGACCGAAGAGACGGUCCGGAUUGCGUCCGGAAUUGCCAGGGACGCAGCCGUACCGAUCACCGACAUGCGCGGCACCAUCGAGUACCGCAAGCAUCUGUGCGAGGUGCUUACCCGCCGAGCGCUGCUGACCGCCAUCGAGCGAGCCAAUAGCUAA